GAACUGGCGCCCGCUCGCCGCGGCGCCGGGCUCGGAAGCCGAGAGCGCUCCGCGCCGGGGAGACGUCAGGCGGGCCUGACAGAUUCUAUCAGAAUUCUUCCUGGGAGUGCUGACUUCUUGCUCAGUGCCCCGAAGUUUCUCUGCGAUGAACUGACAAAUUGGAACCAUGGUGCAAAAGAAGUUCUGCCCUCGGUUACUUGACUAUCUGGUGAUCGUAGGGGCAAGGCACCCAAGCAGUGAUAGUGUGGCUCAGACUCCUGAACUCCUGCGGCGGUACCCACUAGAGGAUCACCCCGAGUUUCCCCUGCCCCCAGAUGUGGUGUUCUUUUGCCAGCCGGAGGGCUGUCUGAGUGUGCGACAGCGACGCAUGAGCCUUCGAGAUGAUACCUCUUUUGUCUUCACCCUCACCGACAAGGACACCGGCGUCACCCGCUACGGCAUCUGUGUUAACUUCUACCGCUCCUUCCAAAAGCGAAUGCCGAAGGAAAAGGCAGAAGGGGCAGCAGGACCCCGCGGGAAGGAAGGAACUCACGUCCCCUGUGCCUCAGAAGAGGUCAGCACUGAGAGCACAGAGAAGAGUGCCUCAACCUUGCAGCCUCCAAGUGCUGACUCCACGCCUGACGUGAACCAGUCUCCUCGGGGCAAACGGCAGCGUGCAAAAGGGGGCAGCCGCUCCCGCAACAGCACUCUGACAUCCCUGUGUGUGCUCAGCCACUACCCCUUCUUCUCUACCUUCAGAGAGUGUCUCUAUACUCUGAAGCGUCUGGUCGACUGCUGUAGUGAACGGCUGCUAGGCAAGAAACUGGGCAUCCCACGAGGCGUGCAGAGGGACACUAUGUGGCGAAUCUUUACUGGAUCACUGCUAGUGGAGGAGAAGUCAAGUGCCCUUCUGCACGACCUUCGAGAGAUCGAGGCCUGGAUCUACCGGUUGCUACGUUCCCCAGUUCCUGUCUCUGGGCAGAAGCGAGUGGACAUUGAGGUCUUACCCCAGGAACUCCAGCCAGCUCUGACGUUCGCUCUUCCAGACCCCUCCCGAUUCACCCUGGUAGAUUUCCCACUUCACCUUCCCUUGGAACUUCUGGGUGUGGAUGCUUGUCUUCAGGUGCUAACUUGCAUCCUGUUGGAGCACAAGGUGGUGCUACAGUCUCGAGACUACAACGCACUCUCCAUGUCUGUGAUGGCGUUUGUGGCGAUGAUCUACCCACUGGAGUACAUGUUUCCUGUCAUCCCUCUGCUCCCCACCUGCAUGGCGUCGGCCGAGCAGCUGCUCUUGGCUCCAACCCCGUACAUCAUUGGAGUUCCUGCCAGCUUCUUCCUCUACAAGCUAGACUUCAAAAUGCCUGAUGAUGUGUGGCUAGUAGAUUUGGACAGCAAUCGGGUGAUUGCCCCUACCAAUGCAGAAGUGCUACCUGUCCUGCCAGAACCGGAGUCAUUAGAGCUGAAGAAACACUUGAAGCAGGCUCUAGCCAGCAUGAGUCUCAACACCCAGCCUAUUCUCAAUCUGGAGAAGUUCCAUGAGGGCCAGGAGAUCCCACUUCUCUUGGGAAGGCCUUCCAAUGACCUCCAGUCUACACCUUCCACUGAAUUCAAUCCCCUCAUUUAUGGCAAUGACGUAGAUUCAGUGGAUGUUGCAACAAGGGUGGCCAUGGUGCGUUUCUUCAACUCUGCUAACGUGCUGCAGGGCUUCCAGAUGCACACACGUACCCUGCGACUCUUCCCCCGACCUGUGGUAGCUUUCCAAGCUGGCUCCUUCCUGGCCUCACGUCCCCGACAGACUCCCUUUGCUGAGAAACUGGCCAGGACUCAAGCUGUGGAGUACUUUGGAGAAUGGAUCCUGAACCCUUCUAACUACGCCUUCCAACGGAUUCACAACAAUAUGUUUGAUCCAGCCCUGAUUGGUGACAAGCCGAAGUGGUAUGCCCACCAGCUGCAGCCCAUCCAUUAUCGAGUCUACGACGGCAACUCUCAGCUGGCUGAGGCCCUGAGUGUGCCACCAGAGCGUGAUUCCGAUUCUGACCCCACUGAUGACAGUGGCAGUGACAGUAUGGACUACGAUGACUCAAGCUCUUCUUACUCCUCCCUUGGGGACUUCGUCAGUGAAAUGAUGAAAUGUGACAUCAAUGGUGAUACUCCCAAUGUGGAUCCUCUGACACACGCAGCCCUGGGAGAUGCCAGUGAAGUGGAGAUCGAUGAGCUGCAGCCCCAGAAGGAGGGAGAGGAGCCUGGCCCAGACAGUGAGAGCUCUCAGGGAAAGCCUCCGCUGCGCUCCAGCCCCAGCGCUGCCGCCCAGGGCGCCCACUCUGAACAUGCUGAUUCUACAGAGGUGGAGGAUAAGGCGGCAGCAGGAAGCUCCAGGCCCCUCGCUCCUGUGCCUCCCAGCAAUGGCAAAUCUGCUGUGGACAGGAGACAGGCAGAGCCCGGAGAGGGGUCAGUGUGCCCGCGAGCCUACGACAAUGCACACUUCCAGCCCCAGUAUGGCUCCCCCGCUGAGGAAGAUGACGAUGAGCAGGGGGAAAGCUACACUCCCCGAUUCAGCCAACAUGUCAGUGGCAAUCGGGCUCCAAAGCUGCUGCGGCCCAACAGCCUGAAACUGGCAAGCGACUCGGACGCAGAGUCGGACUCUCGAGCAAGCUCUCCCAACUCCACUGUCUCUAACAACAGCACCGAGGGCUUCGGGGGCAUCAUGUCUUUUGCCAGCAGCCUGUAUCGGAACCACAGUACAAGCUUCAGUCUUUCAAACCUCACACUGCCCACCAAAGGUGCCCGGGAGAAGACAACACCGUUCCCCAGCCUGAAAGGAAACAGGAGGGCCUUGGUGGACCAGAAGUCAUCUGUCAUUAAACACAGCCCAACCGUGAAAAGAGAGCCUCCAUCACCCCAGGGCCGGUCCAGCAAUUCUAGCGAGAACCAGCAGUUCCUGAAGGAAGUGGUACACAGUGUGCUGGAUGGCCAGGGCGUAGGCUGGCUCAAUAUGAAAAAGGUACGCCGGCUGCUGGAGAGCGAGCAGCUUCGAGUCUUUGUGCUGAGCAAGCUGAACCGUGCAGUGCAGUCAGAGGACGAUGCCCGGCAGGAUGUCAUCCAGGAUGUGGAGAUCAGUCGGAAGGUGUACAAGGGAAUGCUAGACCUCCUCAAGUGCACGGUCCUCAGUCUCGAGCAGUCCUACGCCCAUGCAGGUCUGGGCGGCAUGGCCAGCAUCUUCGGGCUUUUGGAGAUUGCUCAGACCCACUACUAUAGCAAAGACCCAGACAAACGGAAGAGAAGUCCAACAGAGAACGUAAAUACCCCUGUUGGCAAGGAUCCUGGUCUGGCUGGGCGGGGGGACCCCAAGGCUAUGGCACAGCUAAGGGUCCCUCAGCUGGGUCCUCGGGCACCAAGUGCCACAGGAAAGGGCCCUAAAGAACUGGAUACCAGAAGUUUAAAGGAAGAGAAUUUUGUAGCAUCUGUUGAAUUGUGGAACAAGCACCAGGAAGUGAAAAAGCAAAAGGCUUUGGAAAAACAGAGGCCGGAGGUAAUCAAGCCUGCCUUUGACCUUGGUGAGACAGAGGAGAAAAAGUCCCAGAUCAGCGCAGACAGUGGUGUGAGCCUGACAUCUGCUUCCCAGAGGACUGAUCAAGACUCUGUCAUCGGUGUGAGUCCAGCUGUUAUGAUCCGAAGCUCAAGUCAGGAUUCUGAAGUUAGCACCGUGGUGAGUAACAGUUCUGGAGAGACCCUUGGAGCAGACAGCGACCUGAGCAGUACUGCAGGGGACGGGCCAGGCGGAGAAGGCAGCGCUCACUUGACCAGUUCCCGGGCCACUCUGUCGGACAGUGAGAUUGAAACCAACGCUGCCACGAGCACCAUCUUUGGUAAAGCCCAUAGCUUGAAGCCAAAGGAGAAGCUGGCUAGCAGUCCAGUUCGUUCUUCCGAAGACGUAAGCCAGCGCGUCUAUCUCUAUGAGGGACUACUAGGCAAAGAGCGUUCUACUUUAUGGGACCAAAUGCAAUUCUGGGAAGAUGCAUUCUUAGAUGCUGUGAUGUUGGAAAGAGAAGGGAUGGGUAUGGACCAGGGUCCUCAGGAAAUGAUCGACAGGUACCUGUCCCUAGGAGAACAUGACCGGAAGCGCCUGGAGGAUGAUGAAGAUCGUUUACUGGCCACACUUUUACACAACCUCAUAUCCUAUAUGCUACUGAUGAAGGUGAACAAGAAUGACAUCAGGAAGAAAGUGCGGCGUCUGAUGGGAAAGUCCCACAUUGGCCUUGUGUACAGCCAACAAAUCAAUGAGGUGCUCGAUCAGCUGACCAAUCUGAGUGGACGUGAUCUCUCCAUCCGAUCCAGUGGCAGCAGGCACAUGAAGAAGCAGACAUUUGUUGUACACGCGGGGACGGACACGAAUGGAGAUAUCUUUUUCAUGGAAGUGUGUGAUGACUGUGUGGUGUUACGUAGUAACAUCGGGACAGUGUAUGAGCGCUGGUGGUAUGAGAAACUCAUCAACAUGACCUACUGUCCCAAGACCAAGGUCCUGUGUUUGUGGCGUAGAAACGGCUCUGAGACCCAGCUCAACAAGUUCUAUACUAAGAAGUGUCGGGAGCUGUACUACUGCGUGAAGGACAGCAUGGAGCGCGCCGCUGCCCGGCAACAAAGCAUCAAACCCGGGCCUGAACUAGGUGGUGAGUUCCCCGUGCAGGACAUGAAGACUGGAGAGGGUGGCUUGCUUCAAGUCACCCUGGAAGGGAUCAAUCUCAAGUUCAUGCACAACCAGGUUUUCAUAGAGCUGAAUCACAUUAAAAAGUGCAAUACAGUUCGAGGCGUCUUUGUCCUGGAAGAAUUUGUUCCUGAAAUUAAAGAAGUGGUGAGCCACAAGUACAAGACACCAAUGGCCCACGAGAUCUGCUACUCCGUGUUGUGUCUCUUCUCGUACGUGGCUGCAGUUCGUAGCAGUGAAGAAGACCUCCGAACCCCACCGAGGCCUGUCUCUAGCUGAGAGAGAAGGGUUCCACAGCUGGCCCAGCCCAGGGGUCGUCCCUCACCUCUUGCCGCUCUUCAGCACCAAAGCUGCUGUGACAGAGAAGGGGAUGCUGUGUGUAUGUUCUCUGCAGGCUCCUUCCCAUGGUUUAGCUGGUUGCGUUUUAUGUCUGAAUGUGUCUUUGUGUCCGUCUGUCACAGGGCUAAGCUAGUCCCAUUACUUCUCUUCCUCUGAUACCAGACUAGCCUACUGUCCCCUCAGGGCUCCAGAGAGUGUGUGUGUCUGUGGGGCCACUGUGAGCCCACCAUUGAGUGUCCUUGAGAUGUUUGUACUGUGGUUCCAUGUCCUUGUCCUUAUACCCUCCAGUUUAGGGGUCUUCUCUCCAUCCUCCAUGGUCUGGCACUAUAGGGUACCUGGGACAGUUCCGCUCUGGGAAGUGAGAAACAGACACUUGGGGCCAGCCUUCCUGGCUGAGGGUUGGGCAGGAGGAGAGAAAGAGGAUUCCAGGGAAGCUGGAGUAAAAUGGCCACCUUCCUGCUUCCUCACACAAUUCCUAAACUGGCUGCCACCGGGCAUGCUGCUGCCUGCCCCAACUCCGAGUGACGGCCAUGUGCUGAGUUGGGAUUUUUGCAGUGGUCUUUCUGGCCUUUGAGAGGAGGUGACAGGGGGGUGAGGGUGGUGGUCUUCCAGAGACCACCAGCUACUCUGCCUAAGAGGUGUGUAGUGACCCAGGGAAGGGUGAGUUGGGGCCAAGUUGGGUCCAGCAUGCAUGCCUGUCUGCAGGCAGCGUCUCCUGGCUUCAGUGACCGAAGGAAGAUGUGGACUGAACUGGAGAUGAUGUAAAUAUUUCAGCUCUGCAUUAUUUAUAGAAAAUGUACAGCUGUGUGAUGUGAAAUAAAUGUCCUUAACUGUGCUAGA